AUGCUUGAUCAGGCUGAACUAGAUCGGCUCAAGCAGUUUCAUGCUGCUCACUUCUCGAAUCAACCGACACCGAAGCUAGCCAGUAUCCCCGAGAGACGAAGGGGGAUGGCGGCUUCUCCAACUCCAGGAAACGAUUGCGAUGAGCUGGGGUUCUACGAAGAUGGCACGAAGAGGACUUUGACAGACGCACAAAUCAAGAUGUUCCGCCAUUCGGAAAUUCAACGUUUGCUCAGCGAACGUCGUGCUACUCAGGCGAGGGAAAAGAAGCGACAAAAACGCAAGUCUGCCGCAAAUGGGCACAAAGUCGCUGCUUCUGGAUGGAAACCCCAUUCAGAUCCUCGGCUCCAGACACAAGAGCGCAACAUCGAUGCCCUCAAGUACGACGAUGAGUCAACCUCAGAAGCGAAAGAGAAAGCGGCGCCGAGAAGUUUUCUGUGGCCGAAGCUGGGCAGCCCUUGA